AUGGUGGUGAGCAACAACAAAGAUGAAGGGGAUUGUGUGUUCUUCAACUGUGAUGCAGUGGGCCCCAUCAGUGUGGUCUUCAACUGUGAUGCAGUGGGCCCCGUCAGUGUGUUCUUCAACUGUGAUGCAGUGGGCCCCGUCAGUGUGUUCUUCAACUGUGAUGCAGUGGGCCCCGUCAGUGUGGUCUUCAACUGUGAGGCAGUGGGCCCCGUCAGUGUGUUCUUCAACUGUGAUGCAGUGGGCCCCGUCAGUGUGGUCUUCAACUGUGACGCAGUGGGCCCCGUCAGUGUGUUCUUCAACUGUGAGGCAGUGGGCCCCGUCAGUGUGGUCUUCAACUGUGACGCAGUGGGCCCCGUCAGUGUGUUCUUCAACUGUGACGCAGUGGGCCCCAUAAGUGUGGUCUUCAACUGUGAGGCAGUGGGCCCCGUCAGUGUGUUCUUCAACUGUGAGGCAGUGGGCCCCGUCAGUGUGGUCUUCAACUGUGAGGCAGUGGGCCCCGUCAGUGUGUUCUUCAACUGUGACGCAGUGGGCCCCGUCAGUGUGGUCUUCAACUGUGACGCAGUGGGCCCCGUCAGUGUGGUCUUCAACUGUGACGCAGUGGGCCCCGUCAGUGUGGUCUUCAACUGUGACGCAGUGGGCCCCGUCAGUGUGGUCUUCAACUGUGAGGCAGUGGGCCCCGUCAGUGUGUUCUUCAACUGUGACGCAGUGGGCCCCGUCAGUGUGUUCUUCAACUGUGAUGCAGUGGGCCCCGUCAGUGUGGUCUUCAACUGUGAUGCAGUGGGCCCCGUCAGUGUGGUCUUCAACUGUGAGGCAGUGGGCCCCGUCAGUGUGUUCUUCAACUGUGAGGCAGUGGGCCCCGUCAGUGUGUUCUUCAACUGUGAGGCAGUGGGCCCCGUCAGUGUGUUCUUCAACUGUGAGGCAGUGGGCCCCAUCAGUGUGUUCUUCAACUGUGAGGCAGUGGGCCCCGUCAGUGUGGUCUUCAACUGUGAGGCAGUGGGCCCCGUCAGUGUGUUCUUCAACUGUGAGGCAGUGGGCCCCGUCAGUGUGUUCUUCAACUGUGAGGCAGUGGGCCCCGUCAGUGUGGUCUUCAACUGUGAGGCAGUGGGCCCCGUCAGUGUGGUCUUCAACUGUGAGGCAGUGGGCCCCGUCAGUGUGUUCUUCAACUGUGAGGCAGUGGGCCCCGUCAGUGUGUUCUUCAACUGUGAGGCAGUGGGCCCCAUCAGUGUGUUCUUCAACUGUGAGGCAGUGGGCCCCGUCAGUGUGGUCUUCAACUGUGAGGCAGUGGGCCCCGUCAGUGUGUUCUUCAACUGUGACGCAGUGGGCCCCGUCAGUGUGGUCUUCAACUGUGAUGCAGUGGGCCCCAUCAGUGUGGUCUUCAACUGUGAUGCAGUGGGCCCCGUCAGUGUGGUCUUCAACUGUGAGGCAGUGGGCCCCGUCAGUGUGUUCUUCAACUGUGAUGCAGUGGGCCCCGUCAGUGUGUUCUUCAACUGUGAUGCAGUGGGCCCCGUCAGUGUGGUCUUCAACUGUGAGGCAGUGGGCCCCGUCAGUGUGUUCUUCAACUGUGAGGCAGUGGGCCCCGUCAGUGUGGUCUUCAACUGUGAUGCAGUGGGCCCCGUCAGUGUGUUCUUCAACUGUGAGGCAGUGGGCCCCGUCAGUGUGUUCUUCAACUGUGAUGCAGUGGGCCCCGACAGUGUGUUCUUCAACUGUGAUGCAGUGGGCCCCGUCAGUGUGUUCUUCAACUGUGAUGCAGUGGGCCCCGUCAGUGUGGUCUUCAACUGUGAUGCAGUGGGCCCCGUCAGUGUGUUCUUCAACUGUGAUGCAGUGGGCCCCGUCAGUGUGGUCUUCAACUGUGAUGCAGUGGGCCCCGUCAGUGUGGUCUUCAACUGUGAUGCAGUGGGCCCCGUCAGUGUGGUCUUCAACUGUGAUGCAGUGGGCCCCGUCAGUGUGGUCUUCAACUGUGAUGCAGUGGGCCCCGUCAGUGUGGUCUUCAACUGUGAUGCAGUGGGCCCCGUCAGUGUGGUCUUCAACUGUGAGGCAGUGGGCCCCGUCAGUGUGGUCUUCAACUGUGAUGCAGUGGGCCCCGUCAGUGUGGUCUUCAACUGUGAGGCAGUGGGCCCCAUCAGUGUGGUCUUCAACUGUGAGGCAGUGGGCCCCGUCAGUGUGGUCCUUGGCAUUUAG